AUGGAGCCCGUCGGAAUUAUAGGACUCGCGGGUCUCUUUAGUACUCGCUUGGAGGCCGUUGCAAGAUUCGAUUCAUGGAAAGAGUACGAUUCCGAGUUUGGUUCUCUUGUUGUCCAAUUUAAAGCCCAAAGGCUUCGACUGAUAAGGUGGGGUUUGGCCGUGGGCCUGGAGAGCGACGAAAUCUCAUAUGAGCACAACGCUCUUCUUGGUAAUCCCAAGAUUGAGUCGUCUGUGAAAGAUCUCCUCUCCGCAAUCAAUGCUGUUUGCCGUGAUGAGGAUAGGCGUUUUUGA